UGGGGGACAACCCACUGCCAGUGGUUUCCAUCAUAUCCACUGGUUCACGGGUUCGCCCCCUUCGACUGGCAGCCAAUGGUCCGAGAACAAUUGCUGGUUUGGUGCUGUGGAUGAUGAAGUCAAGGCAUCGAAAAUGUGAGGUGGCAGCAGAACGGAUGCUGCUGGAGGAACCCACAGCAGACCUGUCGCUGGCUGGUUUCCCUGCUUCGUGGGGAGAGCCACAAAUGCGUGUGUUCCUGGGACCCGUGGGGGACUAUGACUCCAUUAGGGUCGUGAAGGACCAAAAUGACAUCCCAGUCUGCCUGGUCCAGAUGCGUAAGGGCCAUGUUCCCGCUCUCAUCGCUGCCAGGCUCAAGACAAGCUCGCUGCUCGCGGAAGGACUCAAGGUUGUGCUGAACAGCAACACAACGCCAGAGGUGCCACGGAGUUUGGUGGGCUACAAGUUCCAAGCAGAGGAACGUGCGGCGCUCUUCAACCUGAGGUCCCAGACAGACCUGAACGGAAGCCCGUGCACCAUCUUGUCCUACGACAAGGAAGCCUCGCGCUGGCUGGUCCGGCUGGACCUGGAGGAUCCCGCGGACAACGAGAUCUUGGUCUCCGAGAGCAACCUGCUGCCGCUGUGGCCCAAGACCUCCAGCUCUGACAACGGGCACAGCGGGCACAGUCCGGCGAACGAGCCUUUGGAGCAGAAGGAUGAUGUCAUGGAGGAAGCUCAUGGAGAGACGCCUGAGCAGAUGGAUGGAGAGGGAGAAAGAGCUGAAGAUGGAAGUGAUCAUGAACAGGAGGAGGCUCGAGCCAAGGCUUCGCGGGGAAAGGUGAAAGCAUCUCAUGCAGUGGUCGUCACUGGAUUUCCACUAUGGGAUUCUGAAAGGAUCACCGAGUACUUUGCUCGCUUUGGCGAGCUACGCACCAUUUUGGGAGCUGAUAAGGCCAAGCACGGCAAGAGGAAAUUGCUUGUGGCUUACUGUCGCAAGAUGAACGCACGACGAAGUCAGAGUCGUGUGAAUGGCGCGGAGGUGGAUGGUUUCACUCUGCAAGCCUUCUUUCCCGAAGAUGCUCCCAAAAAGAAGGGACAGAGGCGGCGUGCUCCAGGUGAGGGAGCCGCGGAUGAAUGAUGGGCGGAACUGGUGGGCCGUCAGACAGAAAA